GAGGUACUUAUCCGAUGUUUGACGGAAAGGGCCGAGAAUGUGCGAUUGCCUCUCUUGUUAAACAAGGAAGCAUCACUGUCACGUUUUGUUUUCGGAAAUAUUUGUUUUGUGUUCGUUGAAUGCAAGUUCAACUGUCGUGCACCAUGGGGUUAUUUGGGACUCAUCCGUUAAGAUGGCGGAUAUAGAGGCCUUAACUGAACCUAGUCGUAAAAACGGAUGUACUCUUCCACCCCAUAUCACCCAGGUGAUAGCCUGGGUGGUACUGGUGGUUUUCGGAGUAUUACAUUUUACGUCACUGGUGCCUGCGCUUCACAACUCCUGGCAGCCCGCAGCUCAUGCAGUGCCGGGGGUGGUGAUCUUCGUGCACCUUAUUGUCCACGUGGCAACUUUAACCAUCGACCCGUGUGAUGAUAAGGUGCUUCAGGCCAAAUUGCCAAAAGUCAAAUUGAACAGAGCAAAGCAUAGUUUCGUCAUAGAAGAUGGCCAUUGUAACUUCUGUCAAGUGGACGUUGGGUACUACAAGGAUAGUAAAAUAAGGCACUGUAGAGAGUGCAACAAGUGUGUGAAGAAUUUUGACCAUCACUGUCCAUGGUUGAACACCUGCAUUGGAGCCAAGAACUACCGAUGGUACAUAGCAACACUUGCCACGGCUCUUGUUGCUCUUGUCUUGGUCACCGGUAUUGCUGUGAUGGAAUUCAUCACAUACUUCACUGACAAAAACGACAGAAACAUUCUGCAGCCAUAUCGAGACCUUAAUGCUACGUUACACUACAAAGAUGCAGACUUCCAAAUCCUCUACCAGAGAGUGCCUCAUGAGGCGUGGCUUGCCAUGUUAGCUGUCUUAUUCACACUGGGUGUCGUAGCUGUCGGCUUAAUCACACACCUCCUUGGAUUCCACAUCUACCUCAUUUACCACAAAUUGACAACAUAUGCCUUUAUUACGGCUGAGAGACCAAAGAAAAGCCAGACAAAGCUCAACAAAAAUACCACAAGCUGCUACAUAAAGAAGGGCAAAGUGAACCCAUCAAACAACAAGGAUAGCAGUUUCAACAACACAGUCCAGGGAACCUGCCUACCAUCAUUUAACUUCCUGAGGUUUAUCAAGAGGGGGAACCGGUCCAAUGUUGAGAUCCAACCCACCUCUGCCAGCGCCAUACCUGCAGAGAACAACAACAACUCCAAACUGGUAAUGGACAAUGAGCUCAACGGCACCACCCUGUUUAUGGUGGACGAGACUGCCAUGAGGUUCACAGCCAACAGCAGCUUCCAGAAUUCAGUACUGUAGACUCACCAAACAAACACCUACACCUAUUGUCCACCUUUUUUUUGGAUUCCAUAAUAUUUUAGUUGUUAGCAAACAGAAACAUCAAAAAAAAAAUUAUCAUAAGAACAACAUUUUGUUUUAGAUUUUUUAAAUACUUUUUUUAUAUGAAACAUUAUUUGGUCGUUUUGUUUUAAUUCCAUUUUAUACAUGACAGAAUAGGUGUGCAAGGUCUAUUGCUCUUUUUGUGAUUUUUUUAUUAUUAUUAAUUUUAAAAGUGCACACCACCGUUUUGUUUAUAUAUUAUUGUAGUUAAUUGUGUAAUGAAUGAGGGUUGUUAGAGAAGAAUAGGGGCUUUACUUAAAGACAUGUGUACUUUUGACCUUAAAAAUGCAAUGUUCGCAUCAUUGCAAAUCAGUUAUGUCUAAUCAUCAGAAAAGCAUUUUAUAAUGAUAAUUUGAAUGUUUUCUUUUUACAUAUUAAAUGUAACAGUCUACAAAUUCCUUUUGAAGACUGUUAUGCAGCAUUUGUGACUUGACCAUAGGCAAAUGAACAUUUUUCCUUGAUUUUUUCACAAGAUCACAUUUGGCAAGACGUUUCUGACGUUCCAUUUACUGCCAGGUUAAACAUGUGUGCUCAGUGGCAGUUACACAUACAACGGUAACACUUAUUUGAUCAAAUGUCCACACAACUAAGAUUAUUACCUGAUGUCUUAUAUAAAUGAUAAUUAAUUAUUUUUUGCUAUUUCCUCGUCGAAAAAGAAAUUUGCAAUGUUUUAAACUGUUACCGGUGAAUAUCAAACUGUUGACCGGUCAACAAUUUGAACUGUUGCCCGCUGGAAUAAUGACGUCAUUUCGUCGAAAAAUUGACGUCAUUUUACAGUUAAACAGUCAAAAUUAUUUAUUUUAUCGAUUACUGUUGUGUGUAAAUAAAAAUUUAGUUUGCUGUUAUUUCUAUGUUGGAAAUUUGAUCAGGUAAUAAAACACUUAUUUCAUGGAUGCUUGGUGAACAGUCAAAACUGUUGUCCCUCGGUAUCAGGGCUGACAUUUGGAACUGUUGCCCUCGGCCUAUCGGCCUCGGGCAACAGUACCAAAGUCAUCCCUGAUACAUUGGGAAAUAGUUUUGACUUUUCACCGCGCAUCCAUGAAAUAAGUGUAUACUAUACAUCAGGGAAGUUCCAUACAUCAGUUCAAGGUCAUCAUACAUCACUUCAAGGUCAUGUCUGUCACAAGAAUGACUAACAUUUUGAAAACUGAGCAUGUGGUUUUAACACUGUGUUUAUGGGGAAGUUGUCUUGGUGCAGAUUUCUUAUCUUAAGACAAAGAAGCAGAUUUUGCAUUUUAAUGAUUGACUUCAUAUAGCCGGUCAAAGGCAUUUUUCUCUCACCAUCUACUGGGAACAAUUGAUUUGCUCGCAUUAUGCAGCAUCAGAUCAUAGCACAGAAUAACAAUAACACAGACACUAUACCAUACUGUUAUUAAAACAAAAGAUUCAUUUUUUCGCUUGAAAUAGACUUACUAGUCUGAAAAUAUAGGACAUUAUUAUAUUAGAAUUCCAGUACUCAGCAUGCCAUGGAUGGGCAUGUAGCCAUGGGCUAUUGAUGUGUAUGCCAUUCCUCUUAUCGUUAAUAUUCAUUCUUAUGGCGAAGAAAUUAAUUACCAAUAGUCAUAAUCUUUUGAACAUUUUGAACAUUUAAUGCAUGAAGUCCAUAAACUUCUCUUGCAACCCUUAUAUAUGUAUUGUGUAAACCUUUGUAGUUUAAUUGUGGUGUGUACAUAGUAAAAUAAUCAAUAGAAAAUGUUAAAAAAGUAUAAACUGAUCACAAAUAGCAAAAAAAGUAAAAAACUUUUUAAAUUUUGAUCAGAAUAAUAUAUCUUUUCUAAAAAGUGCAGAAAAGAUUUAAUUCAAUUAUGGCAAACAAAGCAGGCAAACUUAACUGUUUUGAAAUCACUUUGGAAUGCUUGUACAACUUUUUUAUGGGUCAAUUGGUGUGCAGACACAAACUGCAACUUUUUUAUUCAUGUUUUUAAAUUAAAAAAUAAAAUGUUUCAGUCUUCAAA